AUGGCCGUGGCACCCCGGGCCCCGGCGCUCACCCUGCCCCUGGUGCUCGCCCUGCUCAGCCUGGCACCAGCACCCACACUGGGAGGCUGCCCAUCUGCCUGUCGGUGCUCUUUUGCCAUGCUGCAGUGCCUGGAGCCCGAUGGUAUCACCAGCAUCCCGGCACUGGCGCUGCAAGAGAGCGAGAAUGUGACAGAGAUUUACAUCGAAAACCAAGCAAGCCUGGAAAAUAUCACAGAAAUUGAUCUUCUGAGCUACAAAGAACUGAAGAACCUCACGGUCACAUCAUGUAAGCUGAGGCUCAUCUCUGUGAAUGCCUUCCGAUACAACCUGAAGCUGCAGUAUGUAAACCUGGCAUCAAACUCCCUUGAACACAUCUCCUGGAGGGUGUUUCAUUUUCUACCCCUGCUCAACCUGGUUUUGAGGGACAACCCUCUUGUUUGCUCCUGUGACCUUCACUGGCUGCAGCAGUGGCAGCGGAGUGAUCGUGGUGACAUGGACGCUCAGGCGUUGUCUUGUUUCUCCAACGAUCUGGAAGUACCCCUAAACUCUUUGGUGAUAGAAAACUGCAGUCUGCCCGAGGUGACCAUUAACUACAAAUCCAAAUACAAGAUUCAAGAGGGAGGAAACCUGACGUUUGAGUGCACCGUGAUAGGAAGUCCGGCUCCAGAUGUGAAAUGGAGAACCACGCAGCUUAAAUCUCGCUUUUACACACAGGAGAGAGUCAGCGACGGUGCAUUACAUCUGGUCCUCUUCCUUACCAACGUUUCCUCCAGCGACAACCUGCACAACCUCACCUGCGAGGCCGAGAACCAAGCUGGGCCCGGGGAGGACAUGGUGCAAUUGGACAUUGAAUUUCCAGCCAAAAUCCUCUCCCUGUGUGAUGCUGUGCAGCAGCAUCACUGGUGCUUCCCCUUCAUUGUGGAUGGAAACCCUGAGCCAACAAUAAGGUGGCUUUGGAACGGCAGAGAACUCAAAGAGAACAAGUAUGUGUACACUCAUUUCAUCCCUGACCAGGGUGAUGGAUCAAAGAAGCACGGUUGUCUCUCUCUCAACAAGCCCACACACUUCAACAAUGGUGAAUACACACUGAUUGUGGAUAACAAGCUGGGACGGGAUAAUGCCACAGCCAAUGGGACGUUCAUGACCAACCCCUUCGAUGAUCCAGAGGGCAUAAUCCCAGUUCCUACAAUCAAAUCUGACAAGGACGUCACAGAGAACCCUGAGAGUCGAGUGUUUGUGGUGUCUGUGGCUGUGGGUCUUGCUGUGUUUGCCUGUACUUUCCUUCUCAUCAUGAUUUUGGUGAUUAACAAGUGUGGCCAGAAUACAAAGUUUGGUAUCCAUCGUUCAUCAGUUUUGGGUGCUGAAGAUGAUCUUGCCGUGUCGCUCCGCUUUAUGAACUUCGGAACAAGCCCACCCUCCUCAGAUGAAGACUCAGGUUUAUCCAGCUUUGUCGAGAAUCCACAAUACUUCUGUGGCAUCAUCAAGGAGAAGGACAUGUGUGUGCAGCACAUCAAACGGCAGGACAUUGUGUUGAAGUGGGAGCUGGGUGAAGGAGCGUUUGGUAAAGUCUACCUGGCAGAGUGUGCAAACCUCAGUCCAGACAGUGACAAGAUGCUGGUGGCCAUAAAGACUCUCAAGGACGCCAACGAGUCAACUCGGCAAGACUUCCAGAGAGAGGCGGAGCUUCUAACGGUGCUUCAACACCAGCAUAUUGUGCGUUUUUAUGGCGUCUGUACAGACGGAGAGCCGCUGGCCAUGGUGUUUGAGUACAUGAGGCAUGGAGACCUGAACAGAUUUCUCAGAGCUCAUGGUCCUGAUGCCCGUAUCCUGGAGGAGACAAAGAUCCCCCCGCUGGGUCAGCUCACUCUCCCUCAGAUGCUGCACAUUGCCGCACAGAUCGCCUCAGGGAUGGUCUACCUGGCAUCGCUGCACUUCGUCCACCGUGACCUAGCAACACGAAACUGUCUGGUGGGAGAGGGCCUGGUGGUUAAAAUUGGAGACUUUGGCAUGUCCAGAGACAUCUACAGCACAGAUUACUACCGGGUGGGAGGACGUACGAUGCUGCCCAUCCGCUGGAUGCCCCCAGAGAGCAUCAUGUACAGGAAGUUCACCACUGAGAGUGACAUCUGGAGCUUUGGCGUGGUGCUGUGGGAGAUCUUCACCUAUGGGAAACAGCCCUGGUAUCAGCUGUCCAACAGUGAGGCCAUUGAAUGCAUCACGCAGGGUCGAGAACUGGAGCGGCCUCGUACCUGUCCUAAAGAGGUGUACCUGCUGAUGCAGGGCUGCUGGCAGAGAGAGCCUCAGCAGAGGAUGGUCAUCAAGGACAUCCACAGUCGCCUGCUCGCUCUGGUCAAGAACCCUCCGGUUUACCUCGACAUCCUGGGCUAACUGGAACAGACCGCCGAGUCCAGAGGGAUGGGAGGUUGAUUUAUUUUAUUCCAUCUUUCCAGUCAGAGGUUAUGCAUCCAAACAGAUUCCUCUUAGUGAAGUAUGUCUACCUUUUGCUGCUCUCACAACAUCAAUGCUGCAGUUUUGCCUCAUCCCAACUCGUCCCCAAGCCCCGCCCCUUUCUGGAAACCUGUCACAUGUUUACCAAAGUGUUUAAUGUUUAUCUGGAGGGAGGUCAGCCUGAAACAGGGACAUGCAUGAAUAACUUUAUAUGGCUGGAAAUGUGAUGGACUAUCAAGUAAAUGGAGGUGUGGUGAUGUCUACGGCUGAGACUUGUAUUUAGAGGAAAUUAUGAAUGAGUAGAUAAAAACAAGGGAGGGAACUUCAUAUCAUGAGUCAUAGAGGAACAUUUUUCUGAUCUGAGAACAGCAGAUAGUCAUUUGUACAGUAUAGUCACUGUUUUUGGAUAAGUUUUGAUAUGGGAGGUUAUUUAAAGGCUUUUACUGAAUGUAUAUAAGAUAUCAAAGUUGUACAAUCAUACCUUGGAAAGCCUGUUUGUUUCUGAUGCGUGUAUCAUAUGAGUAUUUUUCAAAACCAAAUGUCAGAUGUUAACAGUGAAAGUGUGUUUACAUGUAAUUCCGUCUGGUUUUGCUGUCAAAUAAGAAUCAAAAAUACGUCCAAAGAAGAAAUGUCCGACCUGUGGCCUGCCUGUGACACUCAGGAGCGUCUUUUUUUGUACACAUUAGCGAUGUUUAACAUGCUGCCUUCACAAUAUAAGAAGCACCACUGUGAAACUCAGUAAGGGGGCAAGAUGGUUGGGAGGCGCCUGAGCGGGGCGAUUCAGGGGCGACAGAUGGGUCAACGUGAGAGAAACCAACAACAGAUGGAGCUGAAACAGAGACCACCACCAUGAAAAAAGAGUUUCAAAACCAUCUUGAUGCCUGUAAAUGUCCUAACUCUGAUUCCAUAAAAGCUGGGACAGUGUGUAAAAUGUGAAUUUAAACCAGAAUAAAGUGAUCAUUUUUUACCUAAAUACAGCUCAAAGAUGACACAUUUAAUGUUCAAACUAAUACACUUUUUUGUUUUUUGGAAGUACACUCAUAUUUUGAAUUUGAUGCCAGCAAAAUAUUCCAAAAAAGUUGGGGCAGGGACAAGAAAAGACUGAGAAAGUUGCUCUUUAAACACCUGGAACAUUCCACAGGUGCGUAGGUUAAUGGUUGCAGGUGAUAGUUCCAUGACUUGGUGUAAAAGGAGCAACACUGAAGGCUCAGUCAGCAAUGCUCAAGGAUAGCAUGAGGUUCUCCGCUUUGUGCAAGACAUCAUGGGAAAAUAGUUCAACAUAUGAUGAAAGCUCAAUGUGCAGGUGGAAGGAAUUUCGAGAAAAAGGCGAUGUAACAGUGGUAAACAUGCUCCUGUCCCAGGUUUCUUGGAACAUGUUGCAGGCAUCGAAUUCAGAAAUUGUGCAUACUCAAAAAAAGUAUA